UGUAAAUUACUGCCAGAUAAGAAGGGGUGACAAAUUUCUGCAACGUCGGAGAAAUCCCAAGCACCUGCCAGCAUUUUGGGCAAUAUCAAAUAUGUGAUCAUUCCAUAAAAGGUGAUCUGUGAUACACAUAUCGAGCACUGACAGUUGACUAGUUUCCGCAUGUGCAAGUGCCACUAUAGAUAGCGGCACCGGGGUUAUGUUCCGCUGUAACGACAGGAGACAGCAUUGAGUUUUCAAAGUAUUAAAUUCUACACGGUUUUUGUUUUGAUGCUCUAAAGAUCAGAAUUUAAUGAGCUUAUCAUACGCUGCCGUUGAAGUUCCACAUCCGAAGGACAAGGAUGUGAAUCUAGAAACGAAUAUGAAAAGCUGAGGGUACUGUCGUCGGCGAAACAGUUUAGUGGAUUAGAAGUGGCUAACAAAAGAUCAUUUAUGUAUAUAAGGAAGACAGUCGGAGGCAAAACGGGGCCCUGGGGGACAGCAGCAUUUAUUUUAUGAAUUUCAGACUUGAAACCUUAGAAAGAAGGGACGUGAGUGCUAUUGAACGGUCGUUAGAGGGAGAGGAACAUUCGCCUUUUUUAGGGACUGGCUGGACUAAUGACGUUUUCCAUCCACUCGGAAAGAGACCUGUAGAGUAGGAAAAGCUUACGCAGUGGUUUUAACAACACUGAAGAAUGCCUCUUCAGAGCAAUAGGUGGAACACUUUUCGGGCCAACGGAUUUGUGUAUGUUAAGGUCUUUCAGGGGCCCUACUAUGUAACUCGAUUCUACUUUUGAUUCUAUUCGAAACUCAUUUCCGAUUCUAAUUUCAAAUCGUACUACGUAUGUAAGUAGAAUCGAAUGCCAGUAAUGCCAACCUUUUAGCCAACAAAUUUGCAAAUUUCGAACGAGUCUCGCAUUAUGUUUGCAAUAAUUUAAUUUAGAAAAAAAAAACAAACAAAUGUUGAUUUGGCGACCAAUAUUUUCCGAAAAUAUUUAAAUAAAGAAUUAUAAGUAAAUAAAAAUGGAUAGUGUGGCACUUUGGUUGGAGUCGGAAGGAAAUGGAGAAAGAGUUUAUCAAAUUGAAAGGAGGAGGAUUAGGGAUAAAUCCAACAUAAUGGAGCUCAGCGACGAAAGCUUUGUUAAGAACUACCGCCUUUCAAAAGAAACCUUUAUGUAUUUAUUAAACAAUAUAACAAAAGACUUAAGUAUUCGGAGAAGGCAAAGUUCUGUUCCCAACAUAAUUAAGCUAUCAGCUACAUUGAAACUUUUGUCAACAGGUGGUUACCAAAACCAGAUCGGUGGAGACAUGCCUGCGAGGCUUUCUCAAAAAACUCUUUCCAAAAUUAUAAAAGAAGUCUUAACAUCAGUAGAAAAAGUAAUGUGUUCUCAACUUGUCAACUUCAAAAUGUCAGAUGAAGAAAAAAGAAAAUCAAAGCGUCAUUUUUGGGAAAAAUCUGGAAUUCCUGGUGUGAUUGGUGUUGUCGAUGGAACACACAUUCAACUUAUUCGGCCAACUAACAGUGAACAACUAUUUUUUAACAGAAAGCUUAAGCAUAGUAUAAAUGUGAUGGUGAUAUGUGACUACACUAUGGCGAUAAGAUCGGUAAACGGACGAUAUGGAGGAGCAUCCCAUGAUUCCCAUGUCUGGGCUCUUAGUGCGGAAAGAGCUUACCUCAAACGUUGCUUUGAAAAUGGAGAUAAGUCGUGAUGGAUCUUAGUUAAGUACAUAUCUACAUUCUACAUAUAUAAAUUUAAAGCAAAAUAAUAUUAAAAAAUUAUUUAAGGAGACUCAGGAUAUCCGUUAGAGCCUUGGAUUAUGACCCCGUACAGAACGGCAGCUGAAGGAUCUAUGGAAUCAAAAUUCAACGAAAAAUUCUCAGUUUCAAGAUCAAUAAUUGAGCGCGUUUUCGGUGUCCUAAAGGCAAGAUUCCGAUGUCUUUUGGCGGCCAGGGAACUUCAUUAUCCACCCGAGAAGGUUACUCGAAUUAUGAACGUGUGUUGUGCUCUCCACAAUCUCUGUUUGAAGGUCAGAGUUGAACACCCUAAUUCAACACAAGCAAUGUUAGAAGAAGACGAGAACCAUUUUUCUUUAUAAGAACAGCCUUAAGAAACAAAUGAACAUUCUAAUUUGGCUAAAAGAAAAAGAAAUAAAAUAAGAGAUGAUUUAACGAAUUCAUAAAGUUUUUAUUUGUGAAAAGCAACUCUUAAGACUAAAUAUAAUAACAAAUAAAUAAAAAAAAAAACGAAACAAAAACAAAUAACUUCAGUCUUUUUAAAUUAGCACAUAUUAUGGUAUUUAAAUAUUGAAUGUACAUACGUACUUCAUAAAACUAAAAAAAUCACAUUAUGAAAGCAAAAAUGAACCAAUUUCUAUACUAAAAAAAAAUAUGUACAUAGGGAAUGAAACUUCAAACACAAUCAAUAUGGAUUGUUCAGUGAUUGGCGAAGUGUUAGAAUCUCGGGUUUGAGUUUCAAUUUAGUGACAGCAUGUUGGUUUUUUUCAAUAUAACUUUUUUUUUUAAUUCAAACUUUUCUUUUUUCAGUUCCAGUUUUUCUUUUUUAAGUUCAAGUUUUUCUUUGCGGGGGUGGAAUGUUUUCUUCUUCAUUACUCAGAAUUCCUAUAUCUCUUACUUCAUUUUCAACAAUGAGAUCACUGGUAACUUCAAUAUCCAAAUGUGAAGGGUUACCGUUAUUUUGUUUUACCACUCCAAAACUUAAUGAACCGGCCAUUCCCUCAAUCGCUUGGCCUAAGUCCAAAAGUUCAGCGACCUUCUCCUCUAGUGGAGUUAAUACAUUAUAUCACGCUAUCACGUUGUGGGGGACCAAUUCAACGCAUUCAAUUGAUUGGAUA